AUGAGUUGUCUUCUGCGCUCGCUCUUCUUCCUUGCUCUCCUCGCAUCCAUCACCGAGUGUACCCAGACCCUGGAGGGACUGGCUCUGCUCUUUCCUCACAACCUGACCGAUCCAGAAGGAGAUAUCCUGGCAGAGGCUGAGUGGGUGCCGCGGCCACUGGCAGGAGCAGCAGAUAACUUCGAGACAAGGCUCUUCUCGCAGCAGCUCAGCGCUGCCAGGCACCUGCUCCGCACGAGGAGGCUAGAGGAGGCCCUGCACACGUGUGGGACAGUCCUGCUCAUACUUUAUCCUCAUGCUCCCUGCCUGAGUAUCGUCUCCAUCGUGCUUGAUGAGUUGGGUCAGCACAAGAACGCGAGAAAGGCGGCUAGGGACUCAAUCGACGCGGACCCCACGUGGAUGGACUCCUACCCCCUGCUAGCUCGCCUCCUGUCUGACCAGGCGUCGAGGUACCUUGCCAGGGGAAACGUCGAGGGAGCGUACGAGUGUUACAGACAGAUCCUGCUGCUCGACAUGGACGGUCGGUCACAUCUUGCCAAGGGAGUGACGGCCCGAGCUUACUACGACCUCGGCUCGACCAUGAGGACCAUUGGCAUGAUGGAGCAUGCUCGGACAAACUUUGAACGAGCGAUCGCUGUGGACCCGAGGCAAGUGACGCGUGAUGGGAGGAGUCUUGUUGAGAUCAUGAUGGAGAAGGAGGAGUCAGAUGCCAAGUUUCCGGAUCAGUCCAUCUUUCCCCUGAUGGAAAGAGCUCUUCAUCUCCAGCAUUCUUGGAGCCUUUGGUUCAAGGUGGGUGCUUACGCGGAUCGUCCUGCUCUCCUCCAGGUGGGCAGGAUGGCCUGCGGCGAGGAGCCUGACGGUGUUGGAAGGCUGCAAUUGUACAUGCAGGACGUUCGAGCCAGCCAUCGAAAGCUCGCUAAGAGCAUCGGGGAAAGGCUCCAGCGGUCAAACUCGACGUCUUCCAAGCUGAGGAUCCUCUACCUGGUCUCCAGAUCGUUCACGUCCGACAGCGUCGACGCUCAGUCUCUACAAGCUCUACUUUCCAUGCACAGCAGGUCAAACUUUCACGUCAUGUGCGGGCUGAUCAACAAGAACCUCGUGGAGCCUCAGCUCAGCGAGCAGCAGCAGCAGCAGGCGAGCGCCGCGUGCGACGAGCUGAUCGUGCUGCAUGCCAUCGGGACGGCGGAGGCUAGCGUGGAGCAUCAGAUUGCAAAGGAGAUCUCUGACCUCUCCAUUGACAUCCUGGGUUUCCCCGCGAGCUUUGGAGGGGAGGAGGUUGCUCUGAAGCUCACGGACAUCGUCUCCUCCCCUCCUGAUCUUCUCUCCCUGUACUCAGGUCGAGCCCCUCCUCCUGCUGCCCCGAUCCCACGUGUUUGCCGGCAAGACAAGAGCACAAGAAGAAGAUGCGGCGAUCUUGAGGAACAAACUUGUGAGUGUAGUGCUGCUGCUGCUGCUGCUGCUGCUGCUGCUGCUGCUGCUGCUGCUGCUGCUGCUGCUGCUGCUGCUGCUGCUGCUGCUGCUGCUGCUGCUGCUGCUGCUGCUGCUGCUGCUGCUGCUGCUGCUGCUGCUGCUGCUGCUGCUGCUGCUGCUGCUGCUGCUGCUGCUGCUGCUGCUGCUGCUGCUGCUGCUGCUGCUGCUGCUGCUGCUGCUGCUGCUGCUGCUGCUGCUGCUGCUGCUGCUGCUGCUGCUGCUGCUGCUGCUGCUGUCGCAUAA